GUUGUGAACUGUGCCUGACUGUCAAACUGUGAAAUGUUGUCGUGAUAUAAAAAAUAUAAUUUUAUUUAUAUUAAAAGAGUAAAAGUGUGUAAUUUUCAAAGUUUUUUAUAAGAAAGAAAAUUAUAAAAAUGCCAUUGCCCGCUGCAUUGGCUGCCCGAUUGGCCAAAAGGGGCAUUAUUACAAAUUCCGAUAAGCCUGAGACUGCAAGAAAAGAGCCAAAAAAGAAGGUUCAUGAAGAAGUAAUUGCUGAAGAUUACGAUAGUACGAAAGAAGAUAUCAGUCAAAUUGAUCUUUCCCAACAAUUUAUGGGUCAUCCUGGUUGUCCAAACAAGUAUAAUAUUUAUCACGAGUGUAGUAGAAAGUGUAAAGAAAUUUGGGGAGCUGGACAUAUUCAACCAUCGGAGGAUUAUUUAAAAAAACAAAUGCGUAUGCUGCAAAAAUAUUCUUUACCGGAAACUUGGAAGGCAGUUUAUGAUCCAGGAACAGGGCAGCAUUAUUACUGGGAUUGGUCAUCAGAUUUGGUAUCUUGGCUGCCUCCAGGACAUCCAAAAUGUCAAAUUUCUCAACCUGCUUCUCAGUUAAGAGAAGAAUUGCAUCUAAAAGCUGCUGAUCAAGAUGACAAUAUGUCUAGUGACGAAAGUGCUAGUGAUCAAGAGCCAAUGGACGUGGACGAAGAAGUGAGAAAAGAUCGCAAGCAAGAAUCACGAGACAAGCGUGAAAGUCGAAAACCCCCGAGGAAAGAGUCGAAAGAUAAAAAGGAUCGUUCACUAGAUCCUAUGGAUCCUGCAGCUUACAGUGAUAUUCCAAGGGGAAAGUGGUCCGAUGGAUUGGCCCGUCAUAAUGAGGCGAAAACAGGCGCAGAUACAACAGCAUCCGGACCUUUAUAUCAAAUGAGGCCGUAUCCAAGUCCUGGCGCAGUUUUACGUUCAAAUAAAACUAGUAAACCCGAUUCUGAAACCUCUAGUAAACCCAAGGUUUCAUUCCCUGAAAAACCAGAAUAAUUUUUUAUUUCCGAAGGUAUGAAUUUAGUUAUUAAAUUUAAUUUACAUUAUUUUAAAAUAAAAAUAAACAUCAUAUUGCCAAAA